CCGCGCAAAAUCGGAACUCGGACGCCUACCGCCUCCGGGCCGGUUUCCUGGUACCCGCUCUCAGCACCGGCCGCUGGGCGGUCUGUGUCUGGUUAGCUAGAGCGUCGUUCGCACCUCUCGGGAGAUUUUCUCUCCGCCUCCGCUCAUUCUCCCCAGUGUUCCCUCUUUGGGGAAGCCGGCUGGGCCGCAGGGGCCCCCAGCUGGCGCGUCCCUGGAGCACCAUCGAGAUGUGGUCCUCCGGCAGCCCAGCUCAGCCGGGCGGCGUGGGUCUGCGGCUACGUCACAUUCUGUCGCCCGGGGCGGGGUGAGUAGUGCCGGCUUCUGAGGGGAGCUCGGCGGAGUCUGACUAAUUCUGAGAGACGAGCAGCUUGACUUGGUGUGAUCAAGAUUAGCACGUAGAGCCCCGAAAGGUAGUGUGGGCUGCCUGGUUCUGCCUGAGCUGCCCUCGGAGGGCAGCUGUUGAGUCCAGACUGCAGCCAUCGCGCCUUGAACUGAGAAGAGGCUGGGAUAGGGGAACACGGCUUCACUACGGGCCUGAGGUGGGAGAACAGAGUUGAGGACAGCUGUGGGUCACCAGCAUAGCUAGCAGACAGGCUUGCGGGAACGACCCCGGCUCCUCAGCUCCGAGCUGACGCAGCUACACCCGCCGGCAGCGCGUUAAGAUGGCAGGCCAUGCCACUAUGCCCAGCCCCAUGCAGACCCUUCAGGAAGAAGCGGUGUGUGCCAUCUGCCUGGACUACUUCAAGGAUCCCGUGUCUAUCGGCUGCGGGCAUAACUUCUGUCGAGGGUGUGUGACCCAGCUGUGGGGCAAGGAAGAUGACGACAGGGCCGAAGAGGAGGAAUGGGAGGAGGAAGAAGACGACGAGGCCGUGGGAGCCAUCGGUGGAUGGGACAACUCCAUUCGAGAGGUUUUGUACCAGGGGGAUACUGACGAAGAGUUGUUCCAGGACCAAGAGGAUGAUGAAUCCUGGGUCGGUGAUGGUGGCGUGAGGAAUUGGGACAUAGACCAUGUGUGGGACCAAGAGGAAGAAGAGGACGAUCAGAACUAUUACCUGGGAGGCUUCAGACAUGAACUGAGAAUUGACGUCUACCCUGAAGAAUACGAAGACGAUGUCGAAGAGCUGUAUCCUGACGCUCACCUGCCUCGUACCCGGACCCCUCCACGGCAGUUUACUUGCCCGCAGUGCCGAAAGAGCUUUACACGUCGGAGCUUUCGUCCCAAUUUGCAGCUGGCCAACAUGGUCCAAAUAAUUAGCCAGAUGUGCCCCAUUCCUUAUCGAGGGAGCCGUGGGAACGAUCAGGGAAUCUGCUUCAAACACCAGGAAGCCUUGAAACUCUACUGUGAGGUGGACAAAGAGGCCAUCUGUGUGGUGUGCCGAGAAUCCCGGAGCCACAAACAGCACAGCGUGGUGCCAAUGGAAGAGGCUGUGCAGGAAUACAAGGAGAAACUUGUGAAACCCUGCAUUCCGAGUGCUGCCACAACUUUGAGGGGGAAUUGAGAAUUCCAGAAUUUCUUCAUCUGCUGCAAUAUUAACUUUGAAUUGAUGACUGAGCAUCUCAGACUUCGGGUUUUAAGAGACAUCAGCUCAUCAUUCUUUGCUAUCAGUUGAGAUGAAUCUACUGACAAAACUGGGCUUUGCUUAAAUUAAAAAAAAAGCUUUAAAAACUCUGAAUGUGCUAUUUUCACAAGCCUAGAAUUUGACCACUAAAGACUAUAUACUUGAAGCUGUAUCCUAUGAACUGAGUUGGGGGAAAAAAAUUGCAGGAGUGUUGAAAUUACAGGAGUAUAUUUGUUGGUGCUACAGCAAUACCAUGUUUUUAGAUAUGGGUUUUUGGCAAAAAUUGGCAUUCAAGAUGUACCACAGCAAGCACCACCAAACAUAAACGCCCAUGGAUCUGCCCAUAAUCUACUGGAAAGCUUCAGCCUUACCGUUAUCAUAGGCCAUUUAUACUUGAUCCCAGUUUACCUCGGUUUUUUGAAGAUGUGGAUGUCCUUCAAGAGUGUUUUGUGUUACAUACUGAGGUUCCUUAGUUGUCAAAGAUCUGUAUUCAGCUGCACUUAGAAACAGAACAACAAUGAUUUUGGAACACCAACAAAAAACAAAACCAGCAAAAACAACAACAAAAUUUAAUUUCAAAAAUUAAAACUUUCAGCAGAAUAUAACACAUUGAAACUUAUAAAACUGACCCUGAAAUGUCAAGGGGCAAAAAACACCAACAUCACUGCUUGCUAUUAAAUGCUUUAAGCAAAACUUGCCAAAAAUCCAGCUACCGAUAGCAAAUUCAUGCUUGAAAUGUCUCAUUUUCUUGGCUGACCUUUCAAAAACUAGACUCAUGAGUGUUAUUUUAAGAAAAAAGUUGAAGUAACCGCAACUAUUUUGGAUGCUGUGUUCUUGACCUUAUUAAAACCUACUUGUAGCUUUGGGGAAUAAUGUGUUUCACACAUAUUCAGUCUUCACUAGGAGAUGUUCAAUCUGCACUAGGAGAACUUCAAUAGAAGUUUGUGUAACUCACAGUCUGUUUUGACUGGAAACGUUCAGAUAAAUACUCUAGAGAAAUUUGGAUGUAAAACGUCUAAACAGAUAGAAGGCUUUAUUACAUUCAUUUUUCCACUUUCUCCUUACAUCUUAAAAGCGUUCCCCCCUCCCCUUUUUUUUGCAAUGUGGAGAAAACAGUACAAGUGUUGUAAAAGCAGCUUGUGUUUUGUUGCAUCUUCUACACCACCCCGGAAAGAAAAGUUAAGGCUUAAAAAUGACAUUAUUAUCACAUCAUUUGAAUAAACUUUUCCUUCAAAAUUACUAUGCU